AUGGCCAGCAACAACCACACUGGGGUCAACCACAUAGUCUUCUAUCUGCUGGGCAUUCCAGGAAGAGAAGACCUACAUAUGUGGCUUUCCAUACCCCUGUGCAUCUCCUAUGUCCUUGCUCUCCUUGGGAAUGGUUUGUUGAUCUUCAUUAUCCUGACAAAAAGCAGCCUCCAUGAACCCAUGUAUCUUUUUCUCUGUAUGCUGGCUGGAAUUGACAUUGCUUUUGCCACCACCACAGAACCCAAGGCGUUGGCCAUAUUCUGGUGCAAUGAUAGGGAAAUUUCUCUUAAUGGUUGCAUUGCUCAGCUCUACUUCCAGCAUUCCUUCUUUAUUUCUGAGUCAGGCAUCUUGCUGAUGAUGGCAUUUGACCGCUAUGUUGCAAUUUGCUACCCACUAAGAUACACUGUGAUACUUACUCAUGCCCUGACUAGUAAAAUUGGUGUGGCUGUUUUCUUGAGGGCACACUGUACCAUUUUCCCCAUCAUCUUUCUUCUAAAAAGGUUGACGUUUUGCAGAAAUAACAUCCUCCCACAUACAUUCUGUGAACAUAUUGGCUUGGCAAAGUAUGCUUGCUACGACAUCCGAGUAAACACCUGGUAUGGCUUUUUUGUCUUAAUGUCAACAGUGAUAUUAGAUAUUGUCUUCAUUUUCGUUUCCUAUGUUCUGAUUCUCCGUGCUGUUUACCACAUACCUUCUCAAGAUGCUCGUCACAAAGCCCUCAAUACCUGUGGUUCCCAUGUCUGUGUCAUCCUCCUCUUUUAUGGGCCUGGGAUCUUUUCUGUUCUCACUCAGCGCUUUGGAAGAUACAUUCCUCUGCAUGUCCAUAUCCUGCUGGCCAACGUCAGCAUGUUGGCUCCACCUAUGCUAAAUCCCAUCAUUUAUGGGGUCAAAACAAAACAGAUUAGAGAGCAAGUGGUUUAUGUCUUAUUUCCAAAGCAUAGAUGA